CCCUCCUUCGCCCCAGGGGCCCCCUUCCCGGCCAGACGGCGGGCAAGGCGGCUGGGUGUGCAGUGUCCUCGAACCCUCGAUCAGCGAGCAGAUCUGCGCCCCGAAGGACUCCGGCCCACGCCAUGGCGGAUUCCGAGCGCCUCUCUGCCCCUGGCUGCUGGGCCGCCUGCACCAACUUAUUGCGCAUCCGCAAGGGAAUUCUUCUGUUUGCUGAGAUUAUAUUGUGCCUGGUGAUUCUGAUCUGCUUUAGUGCCUCCACAUCAGCAUACUCCUCUUUGUCGGUGUUUGAGAUGAUCCUUGCUGCUAUCUUCUUUGUCAUCUACAUGUGUGACCUGAACACCAAGAUAAAGAUCAUCAACUGGCCUUGGAGUGAUUUCUUCCGAAGCCUUAUAGCAGCCAUCCUCUACCUGAUCACCUCCAUUGUUGUCCUUGUUGAGAGAGGACACCACUCCAAAAUCAUCGCAGGGGUACUGGGCCUAAUUGCUACGUGCCUUUUUGGCUUUGAUGCAUAUGACACCUUCCCUUUGAAGCAGCAAAGACAUACAGCAGCCCCUACUGACCCUGCAGAUGGCCCGGUGUAGGUGAACUCCAUUUCUCUCUGCAACCUGCAAAUAACACCUCCAUUGAAAUGACUCCUCCCCACCCCUACAACACUUGCAGCCAACACCCAGCCCCCUAUUGAGGUAAAAGUGCCUUUAUUGGGAGAACUUGUCUUCCAGCCUGCCAAUCACCCUCCUGGGUGCGGCUACCUUUACGGGUAUGCCUCUGUCCCCUUCUGCAGUAUCCAAAAGGAGACACCAAUUCUGCCUGGACUAUGCCCCACCUAAGCCACAAAAUGAGAAAGGUGUCUCAGAUUUCAGCCUCUAGACCCCAGGUUGUGACCCACUCCAAAUAACCUCCAUGUGGAGGGUGGUUCUGUGGAGGGAUACAUAUAAAUAAAUAAUAAACGGAUUGUUAGAUGAUAA